AUGAGCGGCACUUCCAACGUCGGCAACAGCCAGGUGUACGAGGCUGGCGACCAGAGGAACGAGUCCGACGCGGUCAAGCAGCAGAAGAAGGAGGAGGAGCGUUUCCACGAGGGCAAGGAGAACUCACACGCUGCCAACGACCCCAAGGACGAGCGAUCAAUCGCAAACAGGCUUGCACAUGCCGAGAAGGAUGGACUUGACAAUGAGUCAGGCAAGAACUUGAGCGAGGACGACAAGCUCGCACAGCAGGAUGCGACUGCUCCAGCAAAGGCACAUGGUAACAAGCCAUCCAAGGGUGCAGAGAUCGAUCAGCAGCUGCGUGAGGAAGAGGAGGAGCUCCUCAAGAAGAAGGGCGCCUACAACCCCCAGUAA